AUGCUGAUCAAAGUCAAGACCCUUACAGGCAAGGAGAUCGAACUUGACAUCGACCCCGAUGACAAGAUUACCCGUAUCAAGGAGAAGGUCGAAGAACAGUCGGGUGUGCCACCGCCUCAGCAGCGUCUCAUCUUUGGUGGUCGCCAGAUGAAUGAUGAUAAGACGGCGAAGGAACUCAACGUGUCCGCAGGCGCCGUGCUUCAUCUGGUCCUGGCGCUUCGUGGUGGUCGAUGA